ACAAAUUUGUUUCUUUUUAUCGGGGGGUGGGGUGGGGGAAGAAAGCGUUGAUCUCUUAUAUCCACUUUCUUUCUGCUGGGAUUUUGGACGCUCGUCAAUCUUUCACCAUUACUUCCCAAAGCAAAGCGGACUUUUUAUCGCUCGCUUCUCGGAUUCUCCAGAGGAAGCGACUGGUUGCCGCCGUGGUUGGUAUCGUCAUGGUGCUGGUCCUGAUCAUAGCAAUACCGCUGCUGGUCCACACUUCCAAGACUUCGGCUCACUACGAAAUGCUGGGAACCUGCAGGAUGAUCUGCGACCCUUACAACCCCAAGCCCAGCGCCACGGCUGUGGAGGUCAUGCAAGACUUGAGUGCCGUCCCGCCGCCGUUCAUUCAGGGGCUUAAGGGCGAACCCGGGCGACCCGGGAAACCCGGACCCAGAGGUCCCCCUGGGGAACCCGGUCCGCCCGGCCCAAAAGGACCGCCGGGAGAAAAAGGAGAUUCGGGAAAGCCCGGGUUCCCCGCCAUCACCUCGGGAACCGCUGGGACUGAGACUGGAGCUGUUAGCACGGCAGUAAGUGGGCCCAGGAUAGCUUUUUACGUGGGUUUGAAGAACCCUCACGAGGGAUACGAGGUGCUUAAAUUUGAUGAUGUUGUAACCAAUCUGGGAAACCAUUACGAUCCGGCGACGGGCAAGUUCACCUGUCAAGUGUCUGGGAUCUAUUUCUUUACGUACCAUGUUCUGAUGCGAGGUGGCGAUGGGACUAGUAUGUGGGCAGACCUUUGCAAAAACGGACAGGUCCGAGCGAGUGCGAUAGCGCAGGAUGCCGACCAGAACUACGACUACGCCAGCAACAGCGUGGUCCUUCACCUGGACUCCGGCGACGAGAUAUACGUCAAACUGGACGGCGGGAAAGCCCACGGAGGAAACAACAACAAGUACAGCACUUUCUCUGGCUUCAUUUUGUAUCCCGACUAAACGUACACCCAGACGCCUCAGUACUGUACUUGUACUGUAACUCAUCCACCGUCCGCAAACGUCCCUGUACGCGUCUCGUACGUUUCGGUGCGGUUUUUUUUUUUUGGGCGGAAAAUCCGCUUUUGUUUUGGCAGAAAACCGCUACUGAAGACAUUGACUGUUUUAUUUGAAUGCGAUUACAUUUGCUUGGCAGUCUGUGGUGUGUUUAUUUAAAGAGUAUAAAUAUAUAUCAAGAAAUCUAUGUAUACAUAAAAGAGAAAAACCACAACAGACCGGUGAAAGUGAAACGUUGGGCAUAUAUGUGGCUGUUGUCGUGUUUUUUACUUUUCCCGAAGUUUAAAUGUUGUCUAAGCGGGCCUGUUCAUUAUGUUCUACAAUUUUAUUGAUAUAUGUCAUUAGCCAAAUACGUCUCUAAAUAAACGUGUUGUUUUUUUUCUAAAAUGGCUUUGCAAGUU